AUGCCAUCACGUAUUCAAGGAACAUCUGACUUUGUCAGCUAUGGUCCACAGCAGCAAGCAGAAGAGCCUGUGAGCACAGACUCACGGAUACCCACCCAAGACUUAUUCAGGCCUAUUCAGACCCCUAUGCCAUUUGAACAAAGGAUACCUGUUCAAAUCCCUGUCCAAGCUGAGCACCGGAAACUUGCACCAUCUCCUAUACAGUUUGAAUAUAGAAACCCUGUUCAAAAACCAACCCAGGUGCCUGUAAAAUAUGAAUCUCAACAGCCUGCCAGAAAGCAACAGGCGUUUCAACUAGGGAAACAGUCUGUGCAGGGCCCAGUACUGAACCAUAUGGUGAAGGAGGCCAAAGUGCCUGUGGAGUUUGAGCUGAAGAAUCCAGUGUCUGCCACCAGCGUAGCGGUCCAGUGCGGGGAGGACAUGGUUCGGGUGGAGGUCAAGCAGGAUUUCCUAGGGAACGGUCAGUUGAUCCGACCGUCUGAUCUGACCCUGGGAGGCUGCACGUCCACAGAGUUUGACCAUGCUGACCAGAGGCUGCUGUUUGAGUCUGAGCUGCAAGAAUGUAGGAGCACACUAACGGUAUGUUUGGGCCUAGUGUCUGUGUGUGGGGAAUUUGUACAAAGAAUAGUUCAGUUCCAUACGUGUUGCAAGCUACAAAAGAACACAUGUUAAGUUAUACUGUAUAUUGAUAAGGCUCAUUCACAUUGAAUGGGUUCUGUAUUGGUAAUUGUUGUUGGCAACAUGUUUAGUUUGGAAUGAGAAAUGGAACAGAACAUCUGUAGAUUCCAGAGUCACUGUCUUUGUACAGGGAAGAGUGGAUUGUAUUGAUGCUUAGUGGUGUUGUAGUACGAUAUGCAGUGCUGGAAAGUGACUUUGUUUUCUUUAGAUAACCGAGGAUGUACUCAUCUAUACCUUUACCCUUAUCUACACACCAACACCAGUUGAAGGCACUCCCAUUGUAAGAACAAAUUAUGCUGAGGUUGGAGUUGAAUGCCAUUAUCAAAAGUAAGGACUUUCGUCUCUCUUUUCAAAUGAUUUCCAUGUUUGUUCUAAUGAACACAACCCGGCUCUUGCUGUAAAAUGUUUGUAUCCAUCAGGAAGCACAAUGUGACCAGUAAUGCUCUGAAGCCUACCUGGGUUCCCUAUGCCUUCACCAAGGUUGCAGAGCAGCAGUUGGUAUUUUCUCUCAGGCUCAUGACAGGUGGGUAUAUAACAUGGGCUUUAAAGGUGCAAUCUAACUUUCAUCACUCCAGUAGGAACUUGAGAUUCUGUGAACACAUUUGACCAAGAAACUAAGCAAAUUCUUAGUCGCCAAUACCCACCCUCAAACUUUCAAAACAAGUGCAGGGGCUGCAUUUUUGACUGGAAGUAAAGGUGAGACUACUCCUUUAAAGUUGACCUCUGCCAUUUUGGGUUAUAGAGUACCACCGUAUGAGUCAUAAUACCCAUAAAACCUAGCGGCCAAACAGGGAAAUGGUUCCAAUAAUUUUUUCUAUCAUUCAUUUUUCCCAUAGGGGAUUUUUGUGUAGGCUUACCAUGGCAUGACGUUUUGAUAACUGUGUAAAUCUCUCUAGGACAGUCACUUUUAUUAAUAUAUUCGCCUGUAUCUACCCCCAAAGUAAAUGCUAAUCAGCUGCUAAUAUGGCUAUCAUAAAGCGCUACAAAUGCCAUGAUCUGGACGAGACUGCCGAAUCAAGGCAAAGGUAAGAAUCUCUGGAUUAACUAUCUAAUGUUAGCUAAAUGAAAAAAAAAAUGGCGAAAUCUUUAAAUUGACAAUUCUGUGUACUGUCUUGUGCAAGUUUAAAAUUAACACAAUACCUGUUAGCAAAGGUGUCAGCUAGAGAUGACGUGCAGGACCUUGCAGGGAUUUGUAGUCUUGCGUAUGUCUACAUUGAUGCUAAUUAGCAUUUUAGAAUCUGAGAGUAAAUAGAGCUGAAUAUAUUGAUAAAAGUAACCUUGUCCGAGAGCGAUUUACAUGGCUAUCAAAACGUCACGCCAGGGUAAGCUUACACAAAACACAGCCCUUAUUUUAAGUUUUCUAAAAUCCCCUAUGGGGAAAAGGAAUGGUGGAAAAACAACUGGAACCAUUUCCCUGCUUGACCUCUAGGUUUUAUGGGUAUUAUGACACAUCCACUGUGGGGCUCUUGCUGCUUUAGCUUUUUUCUCUUUCAGAUGACUGGCAAUUUGAGAGGCCCUCCAGUGUCUACUUUCUGGGGCAUGUCAUGAACAUUGAAGCCUCCAUUAUCCAAGACCACCACACAUCUCUCCGUGUCUACGUGGACAGCUGUGUGGCUACGCUGGCCCCUGAAAUGGCCUCUAAACCUAGAUAUUCCUUCAUUGAGAACCAUGGGUGCGUGAGCGGUGCGUGUGCGUGUUCCCCUUCCAGCUUAUCGUACUUCUGUAUAUUGUGAAUGUAAAUGAAACUUUGUUUUUAUUUCAUCCCAUCAGGUGUCUGACUGAUGCCAGACAGACAGGCUCCAAGUCCCACUUCCUGCAGCAAACUGAGGAUGACAAACUCCAGUUUCAGCUUGAGGCCUUCAGGUUCCACCAAGAUGAGAGGAGCUCUGUGAGUAACAAUACAUUCACCUGAAGGUUUUAUUUUUAGUCGGUAUGUACUGUACUCACGUGUCUUGUUCAUUAGGCAUUAAAUGGAAGAAAACAAACGGGAAACACCUGGACUUGUCAAAUAAGAAACACUGACUUUGAUUUUCUGUUUACUCUAAUGAACACAACCCUGUACAAGUAAUAUCUCUCCUACCUUCUUAUAGAUGUACAUCACGUGUCAUCUGAGAGCAAGGUCGGCCUCUGCUUCCAUUGACUCAGAACACAAGGCUUGCUCGUUUACUACAGAGGCAAACCGGUUUGUCUAUGGGGAUUGAGUUUAUACUGCACAUGGGCACAACUAUAAUACUGCAAACCUGGAUGUUUAUAUAUUGGAUUUGUAUAGAGCUAGAACCCAAAGCUAUACAUGGUUUUAAUUUGUUUGUAUUUUCUGAACUGGUGUCUUGUUUUUCUUCCUCUAAGGUGGGUUUCAGCAGGUGGAGAUGACCAGGUGUGUGGCUGCUGUGACUCCACCUGUGGCAUGAGAAAGGGGAGGAGUCUGCCGACUGACAAUGUAUUCUACCAGAGUAAGCUUUGACGUUUAUGAUUUGGUCAUCAAUGUUGGUGGUGUUUUUCUAUCAAGUGGAGUCUAGCUUGCAUCUCUUCCCCAUCCGAUUGUGUACACUGACUUAUUACUGUUUCACAACAGAUAGUUGGGAAGCGGAGGCUGCCCUCGGUCCCAUCUUAGUCCAGGACUCUGACUGGCUACAGAUGGAUGAGUUCCCUGAGGAGCAGGCAUCUCAACUAGAGGUCAACUACCAGAGCACAACA